GUCUGUUCACUGCAGGUCUACAACAGCUACACGAUACCGACACACUGUCUGAAUCAUGGGAGGAUUGUUUUCUCGUCCUGAAUCGACACCACAGCCACCUUCUCCCACAUUCAGUAAACCAUGGCGGAACAUAAACUGGGGAAACAAAGGGGUGGAUCUUCAGUAUGUGAAGGAGUAUCAGACUGAAAAAGACGACGUCAAACUUGUCAGAAUUCUUCUGUACGGACCCGUCGGAGCUGGAAAGUCCAGCUUCGUCAACUCUGUCAGCAGUGUCCUACGAGGCAAAAUUAGUCUUCCUGCUGCGGCCAAUAACUCUGCCGAGUCUGACAAAAGUUACACCAAAAAGCAUAAAACUCAUGAAAUCAGAAAAGAAAAAGGAAACCAACAGACAGUUUAUCCUUUCGUCUUCACUGACAUCAUGGGUCUGGAGGAAGGGUCUGGCUCUGGAGUUCGUCCUGAUGACAUCAAACUGGCCUUGAAUGGACACGUGAGAGACGGUUACACGUUCAACCCUGUAUCUUCACUGUCCAGUGGUAAAUCAGACUACAACCCACAACCUUCUGCAGAUGACAAAGUUCAUAUUCUGGUUUGUGUGCUUUCUGCUAACUCAGCAGAAAUUAAGGCAUCAGUUCUGCAGAAGAUAAAAGACAUCAGACAGGCAGCCCAUGACCUGGAGAUUCCCCAAAUUGCGAUAAUGACCAAGAUCGAUGAAGCCUGUGGUGAAACUGAGGAGGACCUGAGGAAUGUGUACAAGAGCAAACACCUGAAGAAGAAGAUGAAAGACUUCAGUGCAGCAGUGGGGAUCCCGAUGAACUGCAUCUUUCCUAUCAAGAACUACAGUGAAGAAAUCGACAUCAAUGAUGAUGUUGACAGUCUGAUCCUGAGCACUCUGAGACGUAUGAUUGACAUCAGAAAUGACUCAACAAAAAAUGCUCAGUAGGAGGCUGUACCUGAAUCCACCUACAUGUUUUAUGGUAAGGGGAAUUAUCGACAAAAAAGGGCUGAAUUGUAAUGCAGUGGAUAGAAGCACCAAAACUGGUAUAGAUACUCUUCAGGGUGUAUCUCAUCAUUUCAGAGGGGGUGCCCAAAUUUUCCAGUCCAUUAAGGUCAUUUUUAAUGGGAAAAUGCAAGAUGGCCGCCAAAAAAGACCCAAGAGUAAUAUAAUAUUACUUGGCUUGGAAAUUGUGCUUUAUUCUCCCAUUUUCUUUUUUGCAUGUGAUGUAUAAAGACCACUCUCAAAUAACAUGUGCAAUGAAUCCCAUGAAAAAUAAUGUUACAUUGCUUUUAAAUGGCUUUAAAGAGAAAAACAGUCAAAAUGAUAAGUCAUCAAAUGGCUCUCACCUGAGUGGGAAUUUAUUUGUAAAAUAUAAACAUAAAUGCUUUUACAAGAACUCAUUUAUAACUUGAAAGAGUAGCAUAUUGAUAAAAUGUUUGCGUGAGCAGAGAUAACGCCUUACAUUGGGACAUUAAUGAUGAUACCUAAGUUAAGGUACACCCCCCCAGAUAUGUAGAUAUGUUCUGCCUGAGGUGCACGGUAUCGUCUUUGUAACAGAUGAUAUGUAGUUAGCCAUUUUGUAUUCCUUUCCUUUUUUAAGGUUUUUUUGCAGGGCUUUCAAACAGCUGCCAAUUAUAUGGGCAGCCAUUUUUAUUUUCUUCAAAAGUGCAUUUCCUGUUUGCAGUUUUUGGGAAUCAUUUUCCAGGGUGCUGUAUGGUCACCCAAAGAGUAUAUAUACCAAAUAUCAUGCUUUUAUGAGGUUGUUUUAGUGGGUUUUGAAUUAGCUGCCAAUUGUAUGGAUGAUCAUAUUGAUUUUCUUCAAAAACUUACUUCUUGUUCCAGGAUGUUUGAGGGUCACUCAAAGCCUAAAUAUACCAAAUUUCAAGUUUUUAUGAGGUUGUUUUGAUGGUUUUUGCCAAUUGCAUGGGCAGCCAUUUUGAAUUUCUUCAAAAACUCACUUCCUGUUUGAAAUUUUGUUGGGCUUUCUAGGAUAUCUCAAGAUCACCCAGGGGACUUGCAUACCAAAUUUAAUGCUUCUAUCCACCGUGUAAUCAUAUAAUCCCCCCUACUAUUAUAUGGUUGGAGUUCAAAGGAAACUGAUUUAUUAUAACCUGGUUUUAUCUGUAUAGCUCAGCUUUGAUGAGGUUGAUUACAGCUUAGCUUCAAUAGCUACAUCAGCAAUCCUGCUUUACAUUCAUGCACAAGUGACAAUAACCUGAUGACAUCAGAAUAGAACAACAGUCACCGUUAGUGCAGAAUAUACUUGCUGAUUAUCCUUGCAUGCUUUUACGGAAUCCACAUUUUUAGUAAUGGGACUUUCAUUUCUGAUGUAAUUUUGGCAUAUUACUGAGAGCAUAAACUAAAAUAUUUGGGCAUUUUAGAGAAAUGGUAAAUGAUCUAUUAAGUAAUAAUGAUGUGCUAAUUGUAUGUCACACUUGUAAUUUGCUACUAAAAGGUAACACAGCAUACUACUGGAAGAAGUUCAAUAAAUCAAAUGCUUUUGCCUUUUUUGUGGCAGUUGUGAGAAUUAUUUCUGACAGGUGGAUUCAGACAACAGGACCAAGAAUCAAGAAUCAACUAAGAGGCAAGAGUUUAAUCACAUACUAACCACCAGUUUAUACUUUUUAGGAAAAAUACCACUGGCUAAUGUUCAAAGCUAACGGAGGUAGAAGUCAGUGUUGCUGCCUUGUAGAAACCCAAUAAACUCCUCUGUACCAGA